AUGGAGUUGGCAACGUUGCUACCGGCGUCUGGUGGUGGCUAUGCCUACGUGGUUGCCGGCAGCAAGUCCUUCGGGAGGUUUGGCGACGUCAUCCCAUUCAUGUACGCCUGGAACUUCCUCAUACUUGGCGAUCCCCUGAUCAUGGCGCUCCAGGCACAAAUUUUUGCAAGCUACAUCCUGAGCAUACCAUACCCUGGCUGCCUCCCACCUUACGCGGCAAAACUGCUCCUGGCUCUGGCGUUUACAUUAAAUCAUCUCUACGACGAUCCCUUGUUUAACGCCGAGACGACCGCCGGAAAACUUGCUGUUGCAUACUUUGCAACCCACAUACCUACAGGAGGAUGGAAGUUUGUGAGCAAUUUCGCUGGUGAAAUAGCCAAUCCGUCCCGCAACAUUCCGUUGGCGAUGUUUGGAGGACUGCUGAUUGCAACUCUUUUCGUCUUCCUCUACAACCUUUUUCUAUUCACGGUCCUCGACUCGGCGGCUAUGGCAAGUACGGAGGUCGUCGCAGUCACCUUCGUCGCCGCAACGUGGGGUAGCAAGGCGGCAACCCUGAUGCCUCUCCUCAUAGCCGUUGGGCUCUUCGGCACGUCAUGCGCCGUCUUCUUCGCCAAUAGUAGAGUUAUCCUUGCGGCAGCGAGACAGCGCCAUUUCCCGGCCAUCUUCUCUACGGUCAACGUAGACAGCGGGGUGCCCCUAACGUCGCUGUUACUUCGUGCGCUCCUGUCAAUGUUGUACACAUUUCUGGGAUCCGUCACGUUUAUCGUGGAGGCUCUUCCUCUCAUUUACUCGUUGAACAACGGCCUGAUCUUAGUGUCGUUCUUUGUGCUACGGGUCUCCAUGAAGGACGCCCCAAGGCCUUACCGGGCACCUACCGUGCUGGCAGCCAUCCGCGUUUUGGCUUUCUUGAUCCCACUUGGCGCGCGCCUUGUGCAGCCUGUGGACUUCCUUCCGUUUGCUUUCCUGGCCGGUGGCUCAAUUGCUGGCUGUGCUUAUUACGUGGUGUUUGUUCGGCUUAGGUUAGCGCUUCCCGGAGCUCCCACAUUUACCUGCUUCCUUCAAAAGCUGCUGAAGAGUUGCGCUUGUGUUGAUGAACUCGAGGUUAUGCUGCGUGAAAAGAUGUAG